AUGUCAUCGAUGAUUCAACGUAAUCGUGGACGUAAGUCAAAGAUUUCUGCACCUGCAAAGUUGGAUUUUACGGGAAGAAAUGCUGUCAUGGUAGUAGAUAAGAAAUCAAACAGAACGAAAAAAUCGGUGAAAAAAGACUGUUCAAAGUGUAAAAAAAUGCUACCUGUAACAGACAGUUUGGAAAAUUCUAUCGACAUUUUAGAAAAUCUGUCAAAAGAGUUAAUCCACGUCGGAGACGGUAGUAGACUUUUUAUUACAAAGGAUGGCAUUAAUAGAAAAGAGUUAGCGACCAUG